AUCCGGUCUCAGGAGGGCUAUGGGCCGAAACGAUUGCCAUAUUCGGAUUCAGUGCACUUGAUUACCUAUUGUCCACUACCUUACGGCUCAAAAGCGAUUUAUCAGUUGGUGUCCUUCCCUCGUCAGAGUUCAAAAAUUAUAAGAAAAAAACUGCAAAAAACCGUUACAGAUAUUCAGUGUGGUAGCAAGGUUAUGUGAUACAUACUCUGUAUUGUGAAUGGUACUUCUAUCCGUAGUAAUAAUCGUUUAUUUUCUUUCAGAUUUGAUUUAACUAUUGUUCGUUCAGAAAAUCCCAACGAAAAUUUUCGACCAUGUUUGCCAACGACAAAUAAUUGUAUGAUUACGGGUAAAAAAGAGACGGGUUCAAUAAUUCUAUCUAAAACAACUGUCUCUUUAUGUAUAGAGUUGUAUAUUCCACCUCGUACUAACCAUUUUCAAUUGUUAUUUCGAUUUUGUGAUGGAACAACAAAUCAGAUUAAAUAUUAUCCGCAUUCAGAGGUGGUCACUGAUUGUUUUAGUGAUGAAACUAUAUUUGAACAAGCACAAGAGAUAAUACAAGGUCGAACAAAUGUUAGUUGUGAUCAUUAUGUACAAAACAAACGUACCAUUGAUGAUAAUUUUCAAAAUUGCCAGCAAAUAAAAGUACAAAAAAUGGAUAAAGCAUCAACUCGACCGACGGUGAUGAACAGUAGAUCUCAACAAAAAAAACAAGCGUAUGCAAACAAAAAUCAUUGA